AUGGAGGCAGCAUUCUCAGGGGACCUCUUUAGGGUGUUGCUGGGACCCCAGGGCUUGCCAGGUCUUCUUACACUCUCCGGGGCAACGUUCCCAUGGGCCUCCCAUUUGCCCUACCAGGUGCGGCGCCCUAAGGGGCCCUCGCAGGAACGUCGGCGCACCCAGUGGCCGUCCCAGGGGCGGCGACGCCCCCAAGGACCCUCCCUAGGGCAGGUGCGGCUACCCGGAGCCCUCUCAGGAGCAGUAACGCCCCUAGGGGCCCUACCAGAGGUUGUAGCAGCCCCAGGGUGUCUUCCAGGGGUUAUGGCGCCCCCAGGGCCAUCUCAGAAGCGGCGGCGUUCCUCGGGGCCCUCCCAAAGGUGGCGGAGGGACUCUAACAGAUGCCCUCCGGGGGCAACGCUCCCAUGGGCCCUCCCAUUUGCCCUACCAGGUGCGGCGCCCUUAGGGGCCCUCGCAGGAACGUCGGCGCACCCAGUGGCCGUCCCAGGGGCGGCGACGCCCCCAAGGACCCUCCCUAGGAUGCCCUCCGGGGGUAACGCUCCCAUGGGCCCUCCCAUUUGCCCUAUCAGGUGCGGCGCCCUAAGGGGCCCUCGCAGGAACGUCGGCGCACCCAGUGGCCGUCCCAGGGGCAGCGACGCCCCCAAGGACCCUCCCUAG